GCGGCGAGGGCACCGCGAGCCGGGCAGCGAGGGCAGCGCGCCGGGCCGGGAGGUCGCGCAGAGCUGCCGCCGCCGCCGCCGCCGCCGCCGCCGCCGCCGCCGCCGCCAGACUCCGACCUGCCUGGGGGCGCUCCGCGGCGGGAGGUGGCGACCCGGCCAGGUGCGGACGCAGCCCGCCGGGUGGGGAGUCCCCGACGGUGACCAGUCCAGCGAGGGGCCGGAGAAGGACGCGGAGGAAGGGCAGCCUCUCGGGGUACCUGGCCAUGGCGCUCGACUUCCUAGCUGGAUGCGCCGGGGGUGUGGCCGGCGUGCUGGUGGGUCACCCGUUUGACACGGUCAAGGUGCGGCUGCAGGUGCAGAACGCCGAGAAGCCCCAGUACCGGGGCACGCUGCACUGCUUCCAGACCAUCGUCCGGCAGGAGAGCGUGCUGGGCCUGUACAAGGGCCUGGGCUCGCCGCUCAUGGGGCUCACCUUCAUCAACGCGCUGGUGUUCGGCGUCCACGGCAACACCCUGCGCGCCCUGGGCCGCGACUCGCCGCUCAACCAGUUCCUGGCGGGCGCGGCGGCGGGCGCCAUCCAGUGCGUCAUCUGCUGCCCCAUGGAGCUGGCCAAGACGCGGCUGCAGCUGCAGGACGCGGGCCCGGCGCGGCCCUACCGCGGCUCGCUGCACUGCCUGGCGCACAUCUACCGGCAGGAGGGCGUGCGCGGCGUGCACCGCGGCAUGCUGGCCACGCUGCUGCGCGAGACCCCCAGCUUCGGCGUCUACUUCCUGUCCUACGACGUGCUCACGCGCGCCCUGGGCUGCGCGCCCGGCGACCGGCUGCUGGUGGCCAAGCUGCUGCUGGCGGGCGGCACGUCGGGCAUCCUGUCCUGGCUGUCCACCUACCCGCUGGACGUGAUCAAGUCGCGGCUGCAGGCCGACGGGCUGCGGGGCUCCCCGCGCUACCGCGGCCUGCUGGACUGCGCGCGCCAGAGCUACCAGGCCGAGGGCUGGCGCGUCUUCACCCGCGGCCUCACGUCCACGCUGCUGCGCGCCUUCCCGGUCAACGCGGCCACCUUCGCCACCGUCACCGUGGUGCUGUCCUACGCGCGCGGCCCCGAGGCGCGGCCCGACGGCGACGCGGCCGCCCCGGCGCCCGCCCUGACGCAGAGGUCCAGCCUGUGAGCGCGUGGGUGUGGGGCCGGCCGCAGCCCCUUGGCGCCUCCCACGGCCCCGCGGGCAGCCCUGGCCAGUGGCUGGGCCCGCAGAGGCCGGCUGUCCCUGCCCGCCUGGCACCUGCCAUCCCCAGACCCCCGGGCGCGCCAGCCCCGCCGCUGGGGUCUCGGAGGGCUCCGGGCCGGCACUCCUCUGCCACCGGUUCCAGGCUGCGGCCGACGGGAGCGGCCUUGGGGGCCUGUCCACGACACUGCGGGGCAGAGGCGGCCUUUGUGCAGGGACCUGCAAACACUCCAAGAAGUCACAUGCUUGGGCAGUGGUGCGGGGAUGGUAGGAGACCCCCCUCCCCCACAGUGAACACUCCGGGCCGCAGGGAAACUCCCUCUGGGCCUCAGGCUGCCUGUCUGUAAAAUGGGGCCUGUGGCUCUGGCCUCCCCAGCAGAUGGUGGGCGCGAGGCCACCCAGGCCUGUGGCACUGAGGUGGCUCGUACUGUCCAGACUGGCGCUGAUCCCCCUGUCCGGCCAAAACUGCCCAGGGAAUAAAGUCUUAUUUUGUAACGAG